AUGUGUGCAUCUGGACGGCCAAUCGCGCUUCUGCUGUGUUGCCUGAUCAGCUCAGAGACAACAGGAGAAGUCGGCUGCCCUCUGACGCUGUCUCCCUCCACCCUGGUGGUCAGGUUCGGAGAUCCAGUCACAGCGAACUGCUCUGUAUCAAGGAUUGGCUUCUCUCCUCUUGGUUGGGUAGUCUCACUGGCAGCUCCUGAACCCACGAUGGAUCGGUUUCUGGUCUGGCGUGUUGACAGGAUGACUGCCUGGAGCAUCAGGCCUGCGUGCUACGCACUAUCUGAACAGGGGGGGCAGUGCGACAUUCAUCUCCCUCUAACAGUCUACAAGCCUCCACGUAAUGUGUCCAUCAGCUUUGUUGACCCCACUGGGCCGAUGUUUGAGGGUCAGCAGUACACUCUGCAGUGUACAGUAGAGGACGUGGCUCCUGUUGAAAACCUCACUGUGACCUUCUACAGAGGACGGACAGUACUGAGUCAACAACAGUCCAACAUCAACGACACAGAGAAGAAACCAUUGACUGACAUCUUCUCUUUAAACAUCACCCUCAGUAAAGAGGACGAUGGAGUCCAGUACUGGUGUGAAGCAAAGCUAGAACUGGGACCUGAUGGACCACAGCGCCCUCCAGUGGUGACGUCACGAAACAUCACCACCACUGUGUACUUUGGGCCACAGCUGGUGUGUCCUACAAAGCUGCAGGUGAGAGAGGGAGAGAGUCUCAGCUGCGAGGUGAGAGGAAACCCUCAGCCGUUAGUCACAUGGUUCAGAGAUGGACAGGCGGUUGUCCUGCCCACUCACUCAAGCAGAAAGGAUGCUGGGAGAUACACAGCCUCUGCAGAAGGACGUCUCGGACAGAAAAACUUCACAGUGGAGGUGGAGGUCCUUCCUGGCAGUGGAACUACAAACAGCUGUAAUGAACAUUUCCUGUUGGCCGUCUUGCUGAUUCAGAUGAUUAACUGGUUGUAAAGCCUCAAAACAAGUCAACGUGACCUGAGAUUCUUCUUUCCACGCUUUCUGGAUGAGCGGCUCCCGCUGUGAGAAACGUCCGUCAGGGACGACUCGUCGUUUUGUGUCCCUCUUCAUUUGUACAAAUGGCUCCGUUUCAUAUUAGCGUCUUAUUUUGCAACUUCAUUUUCAACAUCUCAGGUCCCAUUAGAAGCAGAUGAAGUUCUCUUUUUGGGAGCUUCUGCCCAGGUACAUGUUCUUACAGUAGGUUAAUAAACUGGCCUCUCUGUAAUCUGCACAAAACUUCACUUUCAUAUCUUCCAGACUGAAAGCUGCUCUAGAAAGAAAUCAACAGUCACGUACAAUGUAAUGAUCAACGACCAUGCUGUUAUCGGUCCGCCUCCCUUGCCAGAGGAUGUUUAUGGACUGUUUGCAUCCUUUGCCAAACCAUGUUUCAGUCUCCAUCCUGUGUACAUAUGUUCAAUUUUCUGUAGUAUAAAG